AUGCACAAUACUCUUGUACCAACUUCACGUCAUCUUCCAUCCUUCAGUGAAGCACUUGAAGUAGCCAUAUCUGGUAAGAAAAUGUCCCACGAUCACAUUGUCAGAUUACUCAAUGCUCGCGAAAAAUCAGAAGUAGACGCACUUCAUGAAGCUGCAGGAGAAGUUACAAAGAGGAACUUCCAUAAUGAAGUUUCUGUUCGUGGUAUUGUCGAGUUUUCUAAUGCCUGUGAAAAGAAUUGCCAUUAUUGUGGUGUAAACUCUUACGAACCAUUCGUUAUUCCACAUGAAGCUAUUCUUGAUUGCUGUGAAUUCAUGUGGAAGAAGGGUUAUAGAAAUCUCGUUCUUCAAUCUGGAGAAAUCACAUCUAAACAAAGAAUGGAUUGGGUUGCAUCACUUCUUGAAAAGAUUUUCAGCAAAUACGGAAAAGAUAAGGAUACAGGAAUGUGUGUCAUUCUCAGUAUCGGUGAAUUGGACUACAAGGACUAUAAGAGAUUUUAUGACUUGGGUGUCCAGAGAUAUCUUCUUCGCAUUGAAUCAAGUAAUCCAAAACUUUACGCAACAAUGCAUCCAGCUGACCAUUCUUGGGAAAGAAGAGUAGAAUGUCUUAACAAUCUCAAGAAGAUUGGCUACGUUACAGGAAAUGGCUGCCUUGUUGGUGUUCCAACACAAACUUUCGAUGAUUUGGCCGGUGAUAUUGAAUUCUUCCGCGAUGGCCACUUCCCAAUGAUCGGAUUAGGCCCAUAUCUCAUCCACAAUGACACAAAGAUGGGAAGAGAUAUUCUUGCCUCAACAACUGCAGAUGAAAGAAAGGAAAUUGAUGCAAGAAAGGUCAGAUCUACACUCAAUAUGUACGACACACUUCGUUUGGCAUGCCCAUUCAACAAUAUUGCUGCAACAACAGCUCUUGAUACAUUGUAUCCAGGCGGAAAGUUCAUUGCUCUACAAGGUGGAUCCAAUGUUUGCAUGCCAAUCAUUACACCAAAGAUUUUCCGUGGUGGAUAUCAACUCUAUGAAGGAAAGAAAGAAGUUGAUGAAGAUAAUGAACAGACACACCAGAGAUUGAUUGAUCUCUGCAAGAGACUUGGAAAGACUCCUGUUUUCAACAGAUGGAAUCAUCCUCCAGCCUACUUCAAGAAUAAGAUGGCUAACAACAACCAAUAA